AUGACUCCUUUCGCCGCAGUCAGCCUCGGGCAGACAACCUAUGCCCUUGCAGUGAGGCUGGUAUCUGUUGCCAGCCGGCUGGCUAGUCGCCGCCGCGACGGCGUUUCGAGGUGGUGCCACCCUCGGGCUCCUACCAAGCCCGCUCCACCCGGCCAGUUCCAAAUAGUCCAGAGGAAGGGUUCCAGCCUGGUCGCCCAGCCAUUCACCUCGUCUACUUGUCGCGUCUCCGGCUGUCGCACUUCGCCCCACCGUCCCAGCCGAAUUUGUCAGGCCGACCCGACGACGGUGAGCAAAUACGAAGCCUUCUCGUUGGACAGCUCUGAUUGGCCGAUUCCGCCGGUCUCCUUGAGCAGCGCUGAUUGGUCCAUUCCGCCGGUCUCCUCUCCGCCCUUCUUCACACGUGUAACCGGUACUGACAGCAAAUCCAACCGGCCUUCUUUCCCCGCUCGCACCGACCUUCUACCUGGACGCCUGCGAAUAGAUGGGCACACACACACGCACGCGAGACGAGAGCCAAUUGGUGGCUCAACCGACAGGUCCUCACCAAAAGGGCUUUGCGACUUAUUUGACCUGGUUUCAGGACAACAUGAGGCUGACGGCGACUACGCGGCAGAAUGGCUAGUAGACUUCCUCAACUAUCAGUGCACUCCAUCUAUUGAUCGAUCGACGCAUCGAUCCGUCUCACGUCAGGCCGGCUCGGUCUCGGCCGUCCAGCCCCGCCCGCUCGACUGGGCCGCCUUGAGGCUGUGGCUGAGCCGACCCUGGGAAUACCUCACGGCCUCAGCUCUUGUGUCUGAAACUGGUGGCUGCUUUUGUCUCACUCUUGUUCAGCCUCGCCCAUUUUCACUUCCCGUUUUGCCUCCAAGUCCCCGCCUUUCAGGCGCCGCCACACCACCAUAG